UCAGUAUUCUGUGCUUUCAAUAAAUAAAAAAUGGUAGGUUGAUGAGAGGUUGAUAAGUUUUGUGUUUUAGCAACUGAAUUAAAAUUGGGAUUUAUUAAUAAUAAUAACAUCUGAUCUAGGUAUCAGAAUAAGAGAUUUAUAUUGUGAAAUGGCUAAUCAUUAUGAGGUGCCCAAUUGGGCAGGAAAACCACCAACAGGCCUUCAUUUAGAUGUUUUAAAAGGUGACAAGUUGAUACAGAAACUUAUGCUUGAUGAGAAGAAAUGCUACCUCUUUGGAAGAAACCCUCAAAUGAAUGACUUUUGCAUUGACCAUGCAAGUUGUUCAAGGGUUCAUGCAGCUUUUGUAUAUCAUAAAAACUUGAAUAGAGCAUUUUUAGUGGAUUUGGGAAGUACACAUGGCACAUAUAUAGGUAAAAUGCGUUUGGAUCCAAACAAGCCAACACAAUUACCUAUUGACUCAAAUUUUCACUUUGGUGCAUCAACAAGGAAUUAUAUUAUAAGAGAAAGGCCAACUGGUAAUUCUAGAGGUAUCAUGGAGGAAUUACCUAAUACUGAAACAGAAGGUGCCUUAUUAGGGCUUCCAGAGACACAGACUGAAUUAGAUAACUUAACAGAAUUCAACACUGCACACAACAGAAGGAUCUCUAUGUUGGGAAUCCCGACGAACGACGAUGCAGACGUAAUAAAGCCUCCAACUGGUACGAAGCGAGCAUCCACAAUGCCAAGUGGAGCACCUAAGAAACAGAAACGGAAUGUGUCAUUCAAUGAAGAGGUGGAUAUAAUAAAUCCAGAAGACAUUGAUCCAUCUGUGGGUCGCUUUAGGAAUCUGGUGCGGUCAACUAUAGUUCCCAAUUCCAGUAUACCAUCUAAGAAGAUCAAACUACACAAUCCCGAUGAAAUUCACAUACACCACUCCCUCCGCCUGCAAGAGAUAUCUCGCAGCACCAACUUGUACUCGGAUUUGCCGGCGCCUACGUCGUCGCCAUUCAGCCUUAUUGGAGCCAGGUUGGGUAUAUCAUUACCAAAUCCAGCUCCUGAUGUGGAAAUGGAAGGACCCGAGCCGCAUCUCAGCGUACAUCCGCCGCUGCCAAAUUCAGCUCAAGAAGAGUCAGCAGCAUCGUCAAACGAGCCCAAAAGGAAGAAAUACGCAAAAGAAGCGUGGCCCGGACGGAAACCGGGACUUAUAUCUGUGUGAGGGUAGUUUUUAUGUGGACUUUGGACUCGUAAUUUUAAUUCUACCACCUCCAUCAGAAUUUGUGGUUAGAUUCGUUGUGUUCUUUGGAAUGUAAAAAUGGUUUCACAGGUUUUAUUCGCGUAGAAUACGAGCUAUAGAAAUGUCUGCUCUAAGCUGUCGGACAAUUUCAUUAUAGUAUAUUAUAUAGCACAUGAAUUCCUUAAUAAAUGCAAUUUUUUCAUGACGUCAAUUAAAACACAGUAUGUGAAAUUCACCGGCUUGAUUCUAGUAUUUUAGCGAUAGGAUUUAGCUAGAGAAGUUUGAUCUUUACAUCACACUAUAUAAGGCUUAAGGGAGCCAUAGACGGACCGCAUGUUGCAGUCAAGUCACGGCGAUCUGCAGUUUCCAUACUAAAUUCAUAUUCGCAAUACACGGACCGCUCGAGCAGUUCCUGAGCAAACCGCAUAUUGCAGUCGGUCUUGACUGCAACAUGCGGUCCGUCUAUGGCCCGCUUUACAUUUUCGUUCAUUCUGCCUUAUGAACUAAGCAUUGCGUCAUAUUUAGGUAGUGAAUAUCAUAAAUAAUUAAUAGGUCUAAUGUCUCUUUCUAUCAUAAUGUGUUUACGUUGUGAUGAAGAGAGAGAGGUACAGUUUGAUGGUGCAAUUAGACUGUUUUAUAUGACUAAUGAAAAUAUGUACAAAUUUUUAUCUUUGCAAUCCUAAGUUAAAUUAUAGGAAUUGGAGUGUUAUUUUAUGUAGGUUAAGAUAGUAGUUAAAUACUAAUUAAUGAUAAGCGCUGUGAAUUUUGUACAAUAAAUGUAAAAAUUCUUAUUGUAUU